ACUGGCAUUCGAUGGCUAUGGCUGCUUCCGAUGUGGCCAUUUCACUUGUGAUCUGCAGUUCGCUACCCGUGCUCUCUGUGGAAAAAUUUCUCUCUCCUGGAAAACACGCUCGAAUUGAAAAGGCUGUUAAUGAUCUCCAGAACAUCUUAAACACCUCGAAAUUACUGGAAUCCAGCACCAAUGAUGGCCAGCAAAGCUGUGACUGCAGACCUUGCCUCCUGGAUCAAGCUCGACAUGCUGUGGACAUGGCUGAUAAGUUACUUCUGGAAGCAUCGCGACACUUGAAGUCUGGCAAGGGCCCCCUCGCAAAAAUUCGCACAUUAGUCCACUUCAUGUUGCCCAGGAUAUGCAUACACGCCACCAUAAAGAUGGCCCUCGAUUUUGUCACCAUUGUCGAGGAUUUGUCCACUCACCUGUCCCAAAUGCAAGAUCUGUCUCAAGAUCCGCUUAAUCUUGAUAAAACUGCUGCAUUGUGGAAUGCGCAUCGAGGAAGUGUACGGUGGGAUGGGAAGGUCGAGUCAGACAUUGUGGGACGUGAAGAUGAAGUGACCAAGCUCCUCGCUCAGUUGAUCGGGGAAGAUGGCAACCCCGAUGCAUUAAGUCUUCGCGUCAUUUCAGUGGUGGGAGAAGAAGCCAUCGGCAAGACGGCUCUUGUGAGGAGUGUUUUCAAUAGACUUGAGAUAGGUCAUAGCUUCCAGUGUCGCAUCUGGGUUCAUGUUCCCGAAGAAUUCACCAUGAAAGAUCUCUUGGUGGAAAUAAUGAAGCAACUAGCUGUGCAAGAACUGAAGGAUCUAGAGCACAAAGGAGAAGAAAACAUCAAAGAGAUCAUUCAUGAGUCCUUGGUAGAAUUAAAGUAUCUUGUCGUGUUUGACAAUUUGCGUAAGGUCGAGGACAUGGACAAGUUCAUGAUCCUCCUCGGAGACUCAAGGAGAGGAAGCAGAGUCAUCAUCACUACUAGAAUUCCUGAAAUCCCAUCACUGAUUGACCCUUUGGCUUCUCCUGUCGAAUUGAACGAAUUAGAUGCAGACGGGAGAGAGUGCUUGUUGAGGGAAUGCGGAACAAUUGCCGACGAUCCAGGGCUCAAAGCGAGGAUUCUGAGCAAGUGCAGUGGCUCUCCUCCACGAAUUUUGCUGCUCGGAGGACUUGCGGUGGCGAGCAGUGAUUCUUCUGCUGCUAUGGUGGAUCAGCUUGCUGAUAAUGCCACGCUCAGUGAUAUCGUGUCCUUAAGCUACCACAAAUUGCCUUCCCUGCUCAAGCCCUGUUUGCUUUACUUGUGCCUCUUUCCCAAAGAGUCGGUGAUCCCGAUAAGGAGGCUCUUCCGACUAUGGCAUGCCGAAGGAUGGGUCCGAGCAUCCCCGUUCACGGCCAAGGAGUGUUUCGAAGAAUUGGCCGGUCGAAACUUGGUUCAAGUGGUGAGGCGUAGGAAGCUCGGCGGAAGGCCCAAAUCGUGCCGAGUGCCCAGUUUCAUAUACGAUUUCUUGUGCGAGAUGGCAACGCAACUUGGACUUCUUCAGAUCCACUCCAACACCGAGCGCACUGAUCAUAGCGAAAAAUCAGAGGUUUCCAGGGGCGGCCCAUUAUGGACUGCCAAGUAUGAAGAUGAUAAGAGAGAGGAUCAUCAGCACAGUGGUAUCCGACUCCAACACCUCCGUUCCUAUGUAUCCUUCUACAAGAAGAAGCUAGGGACACGCUUGAUCGACAUGGAAGAGUUGCUCUGGCCGUUGAUCGCAAAGGGAGACUGUGGUCUGCUCAGGGUGCUCGAUCUGGAGGGAGUUUACAAGCUGCGGCUCCCAGACAGACUUGGCAAUGUACUGCCGAACUUGAGGUACCUGGGAUUGCGAUGGACAGCCCUUGAUUCAAUCCCAGAAUCAGUCGGAAACAUGUCCGGCCUUGAGACGUUGGAUCUGAAGUACACCAAUGUUAGGAAUUUGCCGAGUUCAAUUUGGACGGUGAAGUCCCUCCAGCACCUGUACAUGAACGAGGUACGCUUCGAUGAUUCCACCAGUCAUCGCAAACCUUCGGCGAAGUACCUGAGCAAUCUCCAAACCUUAUGGGGGUUAUACAUCGAAGCCGCUAAGAGUCCCAUGCUCGAUGUGCUCAAUGAAAUGACCAGGGUCGAGAAAUUGGGCCUGACGUGUAGUUCUCCGGUGGUGAAGGAUGCUACCGAGCGCAUUUCAAAGCUCACGAUGAUUCGAUCCCUCAAGCUGAGAUCCAGGGAUCUCUUCGGUCAGCCCUCGGAUCUCAAUUUGAGCGACUUGACGGGACUUGUCUCGCUCUUGGACUUGUACUUGCUCGGGGGCUUGCCGCGGGGAGACAGCUUGAAGCUCCUUCCUCAGAAUUUGAGAAUCCUUACCUUGUCCAUGUCCGGACUAGACGAUAACCCGAUGCCGGUCCUAGGAGGGUUCCAGAGCUUGGAAAUUCUCAACUUACUCGGAGGCUCUUAUACUGGUAAAAAAUUGAUUUGUGGCUCAGGUUCAUUCCCAAGCCUUCGCGUCCUCAAGCUGUGGAAGUUGGAGGGAGUGGAAGAUGCUUGUGUACACGAAAACGCUCUUCGUUGCUUGGAACAGCUGGAGAUCAAGAACUGUGGAGUCCUAACGUCUAUCGACUCAUUGGAUCGCAUUGAAUCCCUGAAACAAAUUAGAUUGAUCAAAGUGAAGGAAGAAUUGGCGACGAACAUCAAAGGAGGAUUGACCCGAAAGGUAUUCAUCAAGGAGGAGCAACUGAUACCUCUUCUUCCUCUGGGCAGGCAACCCAAGAUAAAUGAUGAGGGGAUGGACGUGAAUCACGAUUGAUCCUCUUUUCCAGCCAUUGUCAUCAUAUUUAUUUUCUUUAUAUUUACCAAUGUCAUCGAGUAUCGAAAAUUGAAUUAUGAUAUUUGUAAAAGUUCCACAAUAGAGAGCGGAGCUUGCAAAAGAUUCUUCUUUCGGUCCAAACUUUAUAGUGGCCACAGUCUUUGUGAAAUUUCCUUGUA